AUGGCACCAUCAAGAAAGCCACGCUGCAACUUCAAGGACUGCAAGGAGCUCGCCCAGCGCAUCGUCGGUGACUGUGGUUUCUGCAACGGCCACUUCUGCGGCAAACAUCGCAUGCUAGAAUCCCACGCCUGUAGUGGCCUAGAGGACUGCAAGAAGGAAAGCCAUGAACGCAAUGCGGAGCGGCUGAACGCGGAGCGAACUACAGUUAUCAAAGGCGCAAGCAACAUCUUGGCUGGGUUAGCCAUUACAUUACCAGGUUUUCUCUUAAUCUGUGAUAAUCUUCCGUGUUGA